AUGGAACAGCCCAAGCCCGUCUCCGAGGCCGAGGCCAAAACGCAGGCUCCGAACCAGACUCAAGGUCCGAACCCGAAAGCGGCUGGCGAAGCUCUGACGGGGGAUCAGAACUGGGCUACCUUCGUCAUGGGAUCACAGGCUCAGACUCAGACUCAGACCGAGGCCUCCGGGACUCCCACGGGUUCCGGGCCCAAGAAGUCGGUUCAUUGGAGCCCCGAAUUGGUCUCCGAAUCGCACAACAGUAGCGCCGGUGCCGCCUCUGAUUCGCAUCAGGGAUCUAAUCCCUAUGUGGCUCCUUCCCCAAUGCUCACCUCCUCUUUCUCAUUCAAAGAUUCGGUGGAGACUGUAAGGGGCGUGUUUGGGAGGUGGAGAAAGUCGGUGGGGGAGGCUACUAAGAAGGCUGAGGAUCUCGCUGGAAACACGUGGCAGCACUUGAAAACAAGCCCUAGUUUUGCUGAUGCUGCCAUGGGAAGAAUUGCACAAGGAACAAAGGUUCUAGCAGAAGGUGGUUAUGAGAAGAUCUUCCAGUCAACCUUUGAGACAGCUCCUGAGGAGCAACUUCAAAAUUCAUUUGCAUGUUACUUAUCCACAUCAGCAGGUCCAGUCAUGGGAGUUUUAUAUGUUUCUACCGCAAAACUUGCUUAUUGUAGUGAUAAUCCAAUUUCAUACAAAGCUGAUGACCAAACUGAAUGGAGCUAUUACAAGGUGGUUAUCCCAUUACAUCAGCUUAAAGCAGUUAAUCCUUCAUCAAGCAGAUCAAACCCUGCUGAAAAGUACAUCCAGGUUAUCUCCAUUGAUAACCAUGAGUUUUGGUUCAUGGGCUUCUUAAAUUAUGAUGGUGCUGUGCAAUCCCUACAAGAAGCUCUGCAAGCCCGGAGCUCAUGUGUGUGA